AUGGCGCGCUGCGAGCGGCUGCGCGGCGCGGCCCUGCGCGACGUGCUGGGCCAGGCGCAGGGGGUCCUGUUCGACUGCGACGGGGUGCUGUGGAACGGCGAGCGCGCCGUGCCGGGCGCCCCCGAGCUGGUGGAGCGGCUGGCGCGGGCCGGCAAGGCCGCCCUGUUCGUGAGCAACAACAGCCGGCGCGCGCGGCCCGAGCUGGCCCAGCGCUUCGCGCGCCUCGGCUUCGGGGGGCUGCGGGCCGAGCAGCUCUUCAGCUCCGCGCUGUGCGCCGCGCGCCUGCUGCGCCAGCGCCUGCCCGGGCCGCCGGGGGCCGCGGGCGCCGUGUUCGUGCUGGGCGGCGAGGGGCUGCGCGCCGAGCUGCGCGCCGCGGGGCUGCGCCUGGCGGGGGACCCGGGCGAGGACCCGGGCGCGGGCGACCCGGCGGCCGCGCGAGUGCGCGCCGUGCUGGUGGGCUACGACGAGCGCUUCUCCUUCGCCACGCUGAGCCAGGCGUGCGCGCACCUGCGCGACCCCGACUGCCUGCUCGUGGCCACGGAUCGCGACCCUUGGCACCCGCUCAGCGACGGCAGCCGGACCCCCGGUGCCGGGAGCCUGGCCGCCGCCGUGGAGACGGCCUCGGGCCGCCAGGCCGUGGUGGUGGGCAAGCCCAGCCCCUACAUGUUCGAGUGCAUCACAGAGCACUUCCACGUGGACCCCGCCCGCACGCUCAUGGUGGGUGACCGCCUGGAGACCGACAUCCUCUUCGGCCACCGCUGCGGCAUGACCACCGUGCUCACGCUCACGGGCGUCUCGCGCCUGGAGGAGGCUCAGGCCUACCUGGCGGCCGGCCAGCACGACCUCGUGCCCCACUACUACGUGGAGAGCAUUGCGGACCUGAUGGAGGGGUUGGAGGACUGAGCCCGCCCCCCUGUGGCCUCGGCCCCACCCCUCCCCCAUCCCCAGUCCUUAGAGCCGUGGGGCCCGAGUUGUGUGAAGCGUUGAACGCCAUCCACUCCCUGGCCCGUUUUUGACCUUGGUGGGGCGGGGACCCAGGGGAGGUCUGAGGCCUCGUGCCCGCCUCCCAGCAGUGGCUGGGCACUCUGCUCUCCCAGGAGCUGCCUGUCCCGGUGGGUCCAGGCAGGUGGCCUUAAUUCCUGCCCUGGCACCUUCCCUCCUGGAACUCAGGGCCCUGAGGCCAGCUCAAGAGUCCCCUACCCUGAGCACCUGGCCCCCGCCCCCACCCUGGGUCGUGGGGCGUCCUGCCUGCCCCCCACCCUGGCCUCUGACCGUCAGAGCAGACAUCUGGGUAGCCACAGCCCGUUACUGUGGCCCGUGGACCAAUCCAAGGCCAAGUGACUCCCUGAUGAUAGCUCCUGAACUGACCAGUCAGGGGCCUAGGGACACCACCCUCUCCUGUCCUGGAGCCAAUCAGAAAGCCAGGUGACAGUCACCCACGUUUGCAUGUCCUACGCCCUGGGUGCCCCUAUCAGGGCACCACUGGCCUCAGAUCCAGGAUAGAAUAGUCUGGAAGCCCGAGAGACCAUGGCCUCUUGACAGUCCAGGUCUGGACCAGCCAGGGGUCCGGAUCUCUGCCGUGGGCAGACCGCCCUCUCCCACAGACCGUGACUCCGCGCUGUGGCACUGCUGCGGCCGGGAGCCCCGACCCCUCCUGGCUGUGGUACCGUCCAGUGUUCAUGGUGGCCGCGGCUCCGAAGGGGGCCGUUGUGUGUCCCCCACGUGGUCAGUGUUGGCUGUGCCACCUCUCCCCUGUGCCCACACCCAGCUAUUUAUUUAUUCUUGUGUGCCCGUGACGGUGGGGGUGGGGAGGGGCCAUGUCCGCCACCCUGCCUCAGCUGUAGCCGGUCCUCCGUACUUAAUAAAGUACGAGUGGGCGUGUCCGUGUGCGGUUGAGUCUGUGCCUGGGCAGGGGCCCUGUCCACCCCUCAGGAGGGGACGCAUCCCAGGCCAAGUCACGCCUUGGCUCGAUAGUACUUUAUUGAUUUUAAGAUUAGUUAUUUGGAAGGCAGAGUAUCAGAGAGGCCAGGCUGAAAUCAGAAUCCUGGAGCUCCUUCCGGGUCUCCCACACGUAUGGCAGGCGCCCAAGCACGUGGGCCAUCCUCCGCUGCCUUCCAGGCGUGUUAGCAGGGAGCCGGACCGGAAGUGGAGCAGCCGGGACCCGAACCUGCACCCUGAUGGGGGCGGCUGAACCCCCUGUGCCACAGCGCCAGCCCCUCGCAGAGUCUGCAUAGGGACAGAGGAGUCAGCAGGAUCGUCACGCCUGUCCCGCUGGACAGCUGAGGAGCUGGGCUCAGCGACGGCGCUAACAGCCCAGGCUCUCGGCUGGAAGGUGCAGUCACACCGAAUCUGAACUGGCGCUGGUGACCGGGAGGCUGCGGCCCCCUCUGGGGAGACGGGGAGCUGGGGGAGGGCUCUUGAAGGCAUCUGUCACGCUGCGGGUGCUGCCGCGGGGGAGCGCAGCCACAGCUCCAGCCGGGCGCUGACUCCUGGGCUCCUUGAGCUUGCACAAGCUCCUUGCUGGGCUGUCGAUUUGUUUUGAGAUUUGUGUAUUUUGGGACUGGCGCUGUGACCACCGUUUACUGCACCGACGCCGGUUCGAAUCCCGGCUGCUCCACAUCCAGUCCAGCUCCCUGCUGAUGUGCCUGGGAGAGCGGUGGAGGACAGCACAAGUGCUUGGGCCCCUGCACCCGUGCGGGAGACCCGGAUGAAGCUCCUGGCUUCAGCCUGGUCCUGCCUGUGGGCAGUCCUCUGGGGAGUGAGCCAGCAGAUGGAAGAUCUCUCUCUCAGUGACUCUUCCUUUCGAAGUAAAUAAAGCAAAUCUGGAAGAACAAAGGCUCACGUACUCACGUGUUUGAGAGGGUGAU